AUGUUAACAACAAUUCUUGCACUCGCUUUCUUUAGGGCUUUGGUGUUAGCUGACUCAGUGGAAUUUUACAUAUAUGUUUGGCAACCUGGCUUUGGUGUAGAAGAUGCCUAUUGGGGAGUUGAUGAGUCUGGCCUGAUUACUGCAGUUGGUCCCGGAUACGUCUCUGACGACAUACCUCAAGUUCUAUUUGUUGUCACCACGGAUGGUAAAUUACAAGGAAACGGCCAACUAGUGGAAAUAACCCCACCAUAUGACUUCCUAACUCUGAGACAAAAUAAUACUGGUACCAGUGGCUUUUCGAUUGACUAUGAUGACAUCCCCACACUCCUACUAAACGGAGCAGCAAUUGAUCAUGUAUGGUCUUGUUUGAGUCCAGACGGUGACCAUGGUUUCGUUAUCAGUUCGGAUUCACCAAAUGCAAGUUGCAGCGGCUUUACCGUUAGGAUUUCUUUACAACAGGAACCAGGACCAUGCGAGGGUGACGAAUGUACAGAACCUCCAGAACCUCCAGUGUGCUCUGAUGACGAUGACGAAUGUACAGAACCUCCAGAACCUCCAGUGUGCUCUGAUGACGAUGACGAAUGUACAGAACCUCCAGAACCUCCAGUGUGCUCUGAUGACGAUGACGAAUGUACAGAACCUCCAGAACCUCCAGUGUGCCCUGAUGACGACGAUGAAUGUCCAGAGCCACCAACUGACACAACUGAUGAGACUCCAACCGAGACCCCAACCGAAACCCCAACCGAAACUCCAACCGAAACUCCAACUGAGACCCCAACCGAAACUCCAACUGAGACUCCAACCGAGACUGCCUACCCACCAACUCUACCAACUGACACAACUCUCACAACCGCUCCAACUUCAACUAGUAGCGAGGUCUCGACACCUUCUCCAAGCCCUUCUGUAGGAGAUGCCAAUGUCAUUGUUAAUACCCUUGGAUUAACAGGACUGAUUGCUGUAGUUGCCAUGGUGUUAUUGGCUUGA